AUGCCACCAAAGCGUGUUGCCCACGCGCAGGCUCUGCGUGAAUCCUUCACGGAGGCCAACAGCUGCGCAGUUGUGGAGCGCUGGGCCACUGAGACGAUUGGCCACGCGCUGCAAGUCGCGCAGGAGGCCGCCAAGCACCGCGGGGAGGCGCAGGCCGCCACGUACACCAGCAGCAAUGCGCAGAAGACACCGCAGCAGGUGGUGGACGUGCUGCAAAGGUAUCAGUCGCUCUGCCACUGCGUGUUCACUGACGCGGAGCAGGUGCGCACCGUCAUCGCAGUGCGCAUUCCCGAGCUGAAGGAAGAGGAUAACUUGGGCGUCGCCGUGCAGAAUGCGGUGCUCAAAAUGAUUGAUGAGAUCGAGAGCAAGGCAACAGGUGGAAGCGGCGGCGAGAAGAGUGGCGGAGUUGCAGCACCAGCAGGCAUGUAUUCCCUCCGUGAGUACCUCACCACCCGUGGCGGCGUUGAGGAGAAGAUUAUUGGCAAGCCCGACGAGAAGACUGGCGGCAGCAGUGCCGGCAGCAAGAGCCCGUCGGUGCUUCUGGAGCUGCGGCAGGUGGACGCAGACGCGCUAAUGAAGGUGGAGCUCGCCGCGAUGCAACUUGCAACGGUGCUGCGCUCUUUCGUCAACGCGUAUGCGCUCAACUGGAAGAAGCUGAUUGAGCCACGCUCUAUCAGUUCCCACAUGGUGAGCUGA